GCCGGGCGAUGUCUCUCAUAACCACAUCCAGAUGUGCCUGCUUGGCAGCCCGCUGCACACACGGCACCGCGGGGACGCGGGAUCAGCGCUAUCGAAUGGGCUAUGGGCAGUGGUGCCAGGCAGCUCAAACACAGCUUCUAGCAGCCCCAGGAACAGCAGAGAGACAAUGAGAGUUCGCCUCAAAGGGGAUGUGAUCUGCACCCUCCUCCUGCUGGUGGCGCUUUGUUCUUUGCUCUACUCCCAGCUGGAACAUUUGAUCCCAGCAGGAAAGAAGGAGCCAGCACAGAACAAACCUCGAGUGGCACCAAAAACAUUCUCUGAUCCCAGAGCACCUCGGAGGCUGAUGCCAGCAAAGGCAACUGCACCCAGACCCCGAGUUACCCCUGCCAUGAGACCAACAGAAGUGGCCAAAACCAGGGUCCAAACCACAACUCCACCCCUGCUGACUGAUUCUGCCUUCAACUUCAAGCUCUAUCUCCUAAACAAGGACAACAGGAACUUCAAUCUCCUCAUUAACCAGCCCAGGAAAUGCCAAAAGACACCGGGAGGUCCCUUCCUGCUCAUCGCUAUCAAAUCCGUGGUUGAGGACUUUGACAGGCGUGAGAUUGUCCGGAAAACGUGGGGCAGGGAGGGUUUGGUGAAUGGGGAGCAGAUCCAGAGGGUGUUCCUGCUGGGAACACCAAAGAACAGGACAGUGCUGGCAACAUGGGAGACCCUGAUGCACCAGGAGAGUCAGACAUACCGGGACAUCUUACUCUGGGACUUCAUGGACACUUUCUUCAACCUGACCCUGAAGGAGAUCCACUUCCUGAGCUGGGCUGCUGAGUUCUGCCACAACGUGAAAUUUAUUUUCAAAGGCGACGCCGAUGUUUUUGUCAAUGUGGAGAACAUCGUUGAUUUCCUCAAGAGGCACGACCCCACUGAGGACCUCUUUGUUGGGGACAUCAUCUACAACGCGCGUCCCAUCCGCGUCCGGAAGAGCAAGUACUACAUCCCCGAGAGCAUGUAUGGGCUGAGCAUCUACCCCGCCUACGCUGGGGGAGGAGGCUUCCUGCUGUCCAGCUGCACCAUGAGGAAGCUCUCCAGGGCGUGCAGAGAAGUGGAGCUCUUCCCCAUUGAUGAUGUCUUUUUGGGCAUGUGCUUACAGAGAAUCAACCUCAAGCCCAUUUUGCACGAAGGGUUCAAGACCUUUGGCAUUGUUAAGCCUUCUGCUGCCCCACACCUGCAGACCUUUGAUCCCUGUUUUUACAAAGACCUCAUGGUGGUUCAUAGCCUGAAAGUUGCUGAGAUCUGGCUGAUGUGGAACCUGCUCCACAGCCCACGGCUUUCCUGCACUCAGAAGAAGCAGGUGAAGAAGCCUUUCCAAUGGAAGAAGAAAGCUCAGAUAACAACACCAGCAUCACCCCUCAGAUAAUGCAGACAGAGUGCAGCACACACAGCAAACCAGCCAAGAAAGGGAGCCUGGAACUGACACUGCCCAACAAACCAACUUUCCAAGUAUUUUAGCACAUGUUAUUUACAGCACUAACAGAAGACAACAAACAAUUGCAGGAAUUUGCCCAAAUUCCACAUUUGCACAUACAUAUCAUGUGGGUCCUUGUGUACUAAUGAGUCCAAAUAAUCAUAACAUAUAUAUAAUUUAUUGUUAUUUAUUAGCAUUAUAGUAGUGCCUAGUGGGACAGUGUGUAAAAGCACAUUGAAAAAUGCAGCCCUUGGACAUUUUUCAGCAUGGUCAGAAGUGUGAGAAAUGAAAGAAGACAUAGAAUAAGAACAGACACCAGGGAGCACAGGGAUCACUGUCAACUUCCUGCUUGACUUGGACUCACUGAAAAAUGACCAGACAGGAACUGGAGUGCAGGAAAUGGAGUCCCCUUAGUGUCUGCUCAGAUCAGAUCACUGCUGCCUGGUUGGUUUUCCACAGGCCUUGUAAGAAGAGAACAACAAACAGCUCCUGAAAUGGGGUCCUACAGUUGCAGUUCAGGUGGAUUACAAGAAAUCAAACUGGGUGCUGAGGCUGGCGUGGCUGGUGGAGCAAAGGACAGGUAAGUAGAUGACUGAAAGGAGCAGACUAAAGGGCCUUAAGAGAAAGGACAAGAACUUCAAAUUGAUCACUUUGAAUCUUGAUUUGUCAUCAUUCUUCUCAGUUCAAGUAUCUGCUCUACUGACAUGCUCAAGAUUCAGGGGACCAGUGGAACAGGUUUUGGCACUUCCCUGAGCUCAGGCUUUCUGCACUGCACUGACAUUCACGGAAA